AUGCACUGGUUCGCACUGUUGAGGAGCAUGGCCACCAACCCCAGCACCCCGCUUGCCAUCCUAUCGAAUAUCCGAAAUGGAAUAUACUCCGACUUCGAGAUAAAAUGCCACCCAUCGACCUUCAAAGUCCAUCGAUGUAUCAUCUGUCCGCAGUCUCCAUUCUUCGAAAAGGCCUUGUGUGGGAAAUUUCAGGAGGCGAAAACAAGUGUCGUUACUAUCCACGAUGAUCCCACAAUCAUUAGUAAGAUGAUCGACUAUUUCUAUCGUGGAGACUAUGAUGAAACACCGGACAAGAAACACCCUGCCAAUAACCCCGAAUAUGAGGCUCCGACUACAAAAGCGCAUGUUAGUAUCGCAAUGUACAACGUCGCUGAUAAAUACGCCGUCGAGCCCCUAAUGGCUCUGGCGAAGAAGAAGCUAGAAGAUAGACUUACCCUAUUCUGGAGUUACAAGGAAUUUAUCCGGAUUAUCGAGAAAGUCUACGGACCGGAUAGCCCGCCAAGCUCGAAGCUGCGGGAUACAGUAGCAAGUUUCGCCUUGGAGCAUCUUGCUACACUGAAGGAGAUUCCCGCAUUCCGCGAGACACGCAUGGAAUACCCACUGUUUGCAUACGACUUCUCCACAUUAAUGAUAGAAAAAAUGGCUAGUGUGGAGAGGAAAUUACGGAUCAUGACAACCUGGGAUAUAGAGAUUAUCCCCUCCGGCGUCAUCUCACUUAUUCGUGAAACCUGUGAUACUUAUCGCGAGAGGGUUUGUCUAGACUGCUGUCGGCUUUUUAUGGAUAAGGCGAGUUUGAAGCGACAUGAUACGAUGAAGCAUUUUUGGUGUUCGGAUUGCAAGAGGUCGUUUGGGCCGCGAGGCGAGGCGAAGCGUCAUCGGACGCAGGCUCACAAUGGGUAUUGA